AUGGCCUCUCAAUCAGAAGUCAAAGAGCCGCCAUUUUGGGGUAGAGGUGAGUGUUGUGCCUCGAUAUGCUUGCUCAAGAUCCUGCUGCUCACCAUUCGAUGGUCCUUGCAGUGCUCAUCGCUGGCGGGACCGAUUGGCCAAAUCUGGGCAGAAAGGGGCUUAAGCCUACGGAUGAGAGGUGAAGCGCUUGCAGUCGCAUGUAGCUCGUGAGGGUCCAGGCUGACAGACCAACCCCCCUUAAAAUGAUCAUCGUCAGACCUGACCUCAGUGCGCCACACAUCUUGCGGGCCGUCUCAAACAUUCGCAUGAAGCGGGUCUUUUCCUCGCACUCUUCCUGCCACGCAUUCUUCCUGUCGGUCUCGGGCGAUGUCUGGGUGAUUGGGCGGAACGAAAAGGGUCAAUGCGGCCUGCCGAGCUCUACAGUCAGCAUCGAUGCGCCCACCCGACUGGAUCGAAGCAAGCAUUUCGCUCCUUCAUUGCCAGCCGGAGCUCAGGGUGACAUUGUUUGGGCAGCCACUGGCAGGAAUCAUUCCCUCAUCGUCACUCGAGCCGGCACCCUGUACUCUGCUGGCGGCAAUGCGAUGGGCCAGUGUGGCCACGCGAUUGGGGAUGUGAAUGGCUUCAAACGCGUGACUGGUGGCCAGUAUGAGAAGGAAAAGGAUCCGCUGGUCAGAGCCUCAGCAGGCCUUACCUUUUCAAUCCUCCUCACAGAGUCUGGAAAAGGUGAGGCUGGGUGAUCGGCAGGUCCCUCGUGUUGUCGGCACUCAUCGCCUCCCUCCUUCCUGCUUGCGACUCCAGUCUACGCACUCGGCUCCACCGAGAAAGGGCAGCUGGGCAACGGCAGAACAGGAGAGCAUUUCAUAUCGGGCAACAAACUGGCUUUUCAGACCUUUACCGAUCCGCGUGAGUUCACUGCCUCCGCUUCACGCAUCGAAUCGUUCGAAAGCUGAUGCCAGAGAAUAUUAACUGCGUUCCGAGAUCAGUCCCUGUCAGAGGAGUGCUCGCAGACAAGAAGAUCGUCGAUGUCCAAUGCGGGCAGCAGCACUCCGUAGCGUGAGUCUUGCGCUGUUCUCCCUUGCACUUCAUACAUACCAUCUUACUCGAAGCUAUCCCCAGCCUCGAUGCGGACGGCUACGUCUACGUGUGGGGCUUCGGCGGCUAUGGAAGGCUUGGUUUAGGCAUGCAGGCCGAUCAAUUGUCACCAACCUUGGUGCCACAAUUCGCCAGGGACAAUGCGGUACUGCGAGCCAAAGCGAUCUAUGCAGGACCAUCGUGCAGUGCGAUCCUCGAUAGGCAACACAUGUACUAUCUCGCUGGCAAGGUGAGUCUGGCGAGCGUACACUGUCCAGCAUUCACGACAUUCGCAAUGCAUCGCUCAAAUCGCACCCUACACCCUUUCAGUGGAAGACUUCGGGCGAAGGUGGUGCAGGUCAAGGCUACAUGACUUACAAAUACUUUCACGAGCUCAUGGGUGUACAUUGUCUCAACGUUGCUCUUGGAGGUGUCACACUACUUGUCACCGCAUAUGAGCCUGACGCUGCGAUGCGCGCAGACUGCGAUGCCACGAUGAAUGUAGUGUGGGGACAAAAUGCUGCUAAUGGAGAACUCGGCCUGGGUUCGGAGAAGCCCCGCAGCGCUACAAAACCGAUCAGAUGUGAGCCGCUAGACAAGGUUUCUAUCUUGGACAUUGCUGCAGGCCAAAAUACCACGUACUGUGAGUCGUCUGCCCUACAUUUCGCUCCAUUCUUCCUUGUUCACGCGUGUCCUUCUGCUUCGCGCCCACCCAGACAUCGCCCGUAAUCAAGGAGAAAAGUACUCCGAGCUGCCGAGAUUUCCAGAAGUCGUGCCGUCCUCUGACCACUGUCUGAAAUGCUCGAGAGAAGAGUCGGCGCAAGGGAGCGAAGACGUGUUACUGGAAUGCGAAAAAUGCGAGAACCCAUGGCACCUCAAGUGUCUUUCUCCGCCUUUGAGCUCCGUGCCCGAGGGCGAGUGGCACUGCCCCAGCUGCAUCGCGGAGGCCGGGAACGCCGGGGAUCUGGGCGCGGAGGGCGCCACGGAUGACAAGAAGGCCGUCAAGCGAGAUGCAGACGAGGAUGAAGAUGACAGCUUACAGAGAGGGACACCCAGCAAGAGAGCACGGGGAGGCAAAGCCGGCAGAGGUGGCAAAAGAGGAAAGUGA